UGGAAUUGAUUCAACAUAAUCAUCUUCCAAACCUGCAGAGUUUGGUGCUUGAUAGCUAAAACAUAUAGUGAAUAGUUUAUCAUUUGUGGUAUUCCUUUAUGAAAACUAACAAACCUAACUAUGACAUUUUGUGUCUUGGCGCCACCUGUCGGCGUAUCGUUUGCCUCCUCAAUUCGCACGCUACACAGUGUGUGUGAGUCAUUGUGCUGCACGGGGGAGGCGUGCUUCAGGUUACAGCACAGGUGACGCGAUGCCUCAGCGUGUUUUGAACUUCGAGGGCAGAAGAAGGGGAACAUAUCGCAGCACCUGUAAAACAAAUGGUCUGGUCAAUGGUCAGGUCCCAGGCACAGGUUUGGUUAAUGAAGCUGCUGCUCACAAUGGCCGCCCAGCUGCUGCCACUAGAAUCAGUGAGUGCGCACCAGCUGGUACACUGAAUGGUACCAAACCGCAAUGCUUGGUUAAUGGUUAUAUUAACCAUGGAUACAAAGGCAAGAGUACCUCAAGGACACUUAGGAAACAGGGAAAUAAAAUUUCAGCUGUGAGUGAUUCCUCAGCAGCUGGCAGGGUCAGCGGCGGAGACAUUUCAGGUGGUAUCUCAGUCAACGGGGCCACCAGUCUAGACACUGUUUUUGUGCCCGGUAAUCCGGACCAAAUGCCACGAAAGCCCUGUCUGUCAGCAGCAGUGACGACCCAGAGAAGAAGAAAGAAAUUCAGACAUAAGAAAAGAUACACUGAAGUCGUCUGUCAGGAGAACUCUACGCUCAUAUUGAUGCCACCACGAGAGGAGGAGGACUGGGAUAAUGAGAUCCAAGAGGUCAUGCUCACUGACUGGGAAAACAUGUGCUUUGGGGUCAGACCCUAUGGUCCAGAGGAUGUGCUUCCUUUUGCCUUGCGGGAUUUGACACUCAAGCAAACGGACACUGUUGACCUGCCGGCGACAGCCAAUUACAGACCAGCCAUACACCACCCAUGUCCUCUCCAGUGGUCCUGCUACAAGGUUCCCCCUGAGCCAGACCAGUUCGCAGACGCUGAUGAGUAAGCCAGACGUAUGCUGUGGUGUUAGAGGAAUGGUUGAAAUCAGUGUUCACUUACCAAAUUACCUGUUGGCCCUUUAGUUAGCCCUUAAUGGCACUGUGCAGAUUUUCUGGACCUGUUUGAGGGUCCUGGAUAGUACCCAUGCUUAGAAUUUUUGUUUGGUCAGCAUCAUCCUUUCUCACUCAUUUAAAACAUUAGUGGAGGAAAUUAAAUUUAAAACUUACUCUAGGUUAGCAUCUAUGCAAAGCUUCAAAAUCAAAUCCGUCAAAGCUACAAUAGGUCAAAGAAUGUAGGGUAGAGUCUAGGUUGAAAUCAGGUUGUUUUUUAUCAUAGGUUUUAUUUUAUAUUUUAUAUUCAGAUUUUAUAUUUGUUUUAUAUUAUAAGAUAUUAAUUCGUUAGGCUUUAGUGAUAUUAAGCAAUGAUUUGAGUUCACAACCAUACUUCAGUGAUGGUUGUUACUGAAAAUAGUCAUGUAUUUGCUGCUUGAUUUUGCAAGUCUUUCAAGAACUAAUAGAACUUACAAGAACUAAUAGUUUUUAUCUAAAUUUGUUCUGUGUUUUAAAACCCCCUGGAAUGGAAACACUGUUGUCAUAAUAAGUUGCUCUUUUGAGUGAUUAUAGGAUCAGAUGUAUUGUUUAGAAACGCACGUUCACAACAAGU